GCCACAACCAAAUGGGGAAAACGAAUGUGAAAAAGUAAAGAGAGCUGGAGUCACUCCACCUUUCAUCCAGAGAUAUGCCGCCCGAGGCCGAACAGACGACAGCGAGAUCCUACGAGGAGGACAGCGAUAUACCGACGUGCCGCAAGGCCCGCAACUUUGUCAUCUUCAUGCUCUUCCUGGGAAUGGCCAAUGCGUAUGUGAUGCGUACCAACAUGUCCGUGGCGAUUGUGGCGAUGGUCAACCACACGGCCAUCAGCGACCACGACCACCGGCACAGCCAGGGAGGGGAGUUCGUGUGGAGCUACAAGACGCAGGGCUACAUCCUGUCCAGCUUCUUCUACGGCUACGUCCUCACCCAGAUUCCGUUCGGCUUCCUCAUCAAGUACUAUGGGGCCAAGCACUUCCUCGGCUGGGGCAUGAUGCUCAAUUCGGUGGCGGCCUUUGUGGUGCCUGUCUCCGCCCGCGAGGGCGGUCCCAUUCCCCUCGGCGUGGUCCGUUUCAUCCAGGGCCUGGGCGAGGGUCCCAUAGUGCCGUGCACCCACUCCCUGCUGGCCGUCUGGAUCCCGCCCGACGAGCGGUCCCGGGCGGGGGCCGCCGUCUACGCGGGCGCCCAGUUCGGGACGAUCAUCUCGAUGCCGCUGAGCGGCCUGCUGGCCGAGUACGGCUUCGACGGCGGCUGGCCCUCGAUCUUCUACGUGUUCGGAAUAUUGAGCACCGUCUGGUGCGUGCUCUAUCUCUGUCUGGUGCCUGAGAGCCCGCAGGCGAGCAAGAGGAUCACCGAAGCGGAGCGUAAGUACAUUAACGAGAUGAUCUGGAAGGCCCAGCCGGAGGACACCGGACGUACGCCGUUCCUGAGCUUCGCCAAGUCGCGCUUCUUCUGGGCCAUCAUGGUGGCCCAUGCCGGCCAGAACUACGGCUACGAGACUCUGAUGACGAUGCUCCCCACCUACAUGGACCGCAUUCUCAGUGUGAACAUCAAGGCGAACGGAGUGCUCUCGUCGCUGCCCUAUCUGGCCAUGUGGCUGAUGGCCAUCGUGUUUGCCAUUGUGGCCGACGGCCUCAUUCGCCACAGGCUAUCCAUUACGGCCACGCGGAAGAUCAUGAACAGCUUCGGGCAGUACGGCCCGGCCCUGGCCCUCAUCGUGGUGGGAUACGUCCAUGAGAGCCUCAUCCUCACCAUCAUCGUGUUCGUGCUGGGCCUGGGCCUCAACGGGGCCAUCUACUCCGGUUUCAAGAUCAACCACCUGGACCUCUCGCCCCGCUUCGCCGGCCUGCUCAUCUCCAUCACCAACUGCGCGGCCAAUCUGAUCGGCCUCACGGCCCCCAUGAUCGCCGGCCACGUGAUCCACCACGGGCCCACCAUCGAGAAUUGGCGCAUUGUCUUUCACAUCGCCGGCGGUGUCUAUAUCUUCUGUGCCACCUUCUACAACCUCUGCGGCAGUGGCAAGCCGCAGUGGUGAAUGGACGUGGAGACCGAAGCCAACUGAAACUGUUCGGGAAAAACAAAAAUGGCAAAACAAAUACAAAAAAAGAUAUAUAGCGGAGCUUGUUUUGGCCAUCAGCCUGCGGAUGACAGGACACAACCACUGAAACAGACACACAGAAGAGUAGAAGAGCAUUGGGGAGGAGAGGAGAGGAGAGGAGAGAGAGAAGUGCCAUGAUGAGCGCACAAGGACAUCAAUCAAACGGCCGCUUGCCCCUUUGCCUCUUUGGCUUUUUGGCCAUUUAUUUUCGCAUUUGCGCCAUUUAUUUUAUGAAACAUUUUUGCUCCUAAUUAGCAGGGAUCGGGAUGCACUGGUCCGGUCUAGUCUGUCCUCGUCGCGGUCAGCCAAACACCAGCCUAUUCCUAUUCCAUCCAUUCCGCUCUUGUUGGACCAUCAACAUUGCAUUUGGAGCAUCAACAGGCCAAUCUGCAUAAAAUAAAUUCCAAUGAAACCAU